AUGCGACACAACUCAGCCUUCGAAUCAGGUUGCACGAACGUUGCUCGAGGGGACCACGCCCCGCCGCCGCUCUUCGCUAUUUCCGAAAACGCCCGGUCAAUGAACAUCCUCCAGCUGCGUCGAUCGGCCGCGGCGGCUCUGGCGACCACCCGCUGCAGGGCUGUCGACUCUGUAGCUGGAAGCAUCGGCUCUCGUGGCCUCUCGAACGUCCCGGCAGCUGGCAAGCAGGACCCGAAGUCCACGUGGGGCGAAGUGAUUGAGAAGAUGUCGGACACGUUCUUCCUGUCGGACGUGUUUCGAGCCACUUGGUUGGCGUGGGAAGUGCAUGUGGAGCGCAAGGUCACGAUCAAUUAUCCGUUCGAGAAGGGCAUGAUCAGUCCGCGCUUCCGUGGUGAGCACGCGCUGCGUCGCUAUCCCAGCGGUGAAGAGCGGUGCAUUGCCUGCAAGUUGUGUGAAGCCAUUUGUCCUGCUCAAGCGAUUACGAUUGAGGCAGAACCGCGUGCCGAUGGUGCUCGUCGUACGACACGUUACGACAUUGACAUGACCAAGUGCAUUUACUGCGGGUUCUGUCAGGAGGCGUGUCCGGUGGACGCGAUUGUGGAGGGCCCGAACUUUGAGUUUGCUACGGAAACGCACGAGGAGCUGCUGUACGACAAGGCGAAGCUGUUGGCCAAUGGGGACAAGUGGGAGUUUGAAAUUGCCAAGAACCUCUCGGUCGAGCAGCUCUAUCGUUGA